UUCAUACUCUACACGCAUAUGACAUGUUUGUUAAAUUGCCUAACAGAAAAUGGUGUUCUUGAGCUGGGGUCGACCAUCUCCACAAGACCAAAAGGCUUGCAUCAAAAAGUGUUGUGUGUGUGUAUUUACAAGUACCACAUUCUUAACAGGUCAGGUACUUUCAACUAUGAUGUUAAAUAUAAAGGGGCUACUGGUAAAUCAUUGUCUUCCCUUGAACAAGAUGAAGGGUUGUCCAAAGAUGGGUUUUUACUUAACAACAAACGAGUUCUGUUAGGUUCUGGUGUUGAGACUUUUGAGAAGAGCAAGGCUGCCCUCAAAAGUUGGAGUCAUUUGGGGUUGGAUUGGGCAUUCGUUGAUCCAAAGACAGCAAUUAAAGAAGGAGAGAAGUUUUGUGUUUGUGUGAAGGAGUUGCUGCCAUGGUUGAUGAUGCCUCUUCAGGUUGUGUAUGUUAAUGAAAGUAGAAAGAGAAAAGGUGUAGCAUCCUUUGGUUUUGGAAGUGGAACUCUUCAUGGUCACUUACUGAAAAUGGUGUUCUUGAGCUGGGGUCGACCAUCUCCAAAAGACCAAAAGGCUUGCAUCAACAAAUCAGGUACCUUCAACUAUGAUGGUAAAUACAAAGGAUUUACUGCUAAAUCAAUAUCUUCCCUUGAACAAGAUGAAGGGUUGUCCAAAGAUGGGUUUUCACUUAACAACAAACGAGUUCUGUUGGGUUCUGGUGCUGAGGUUUUUGAGAAUGCUAAGAUUGCCCUCAAAAGUUGGAGGCAUUUUGGAUUGGAUUGGACAUUUGUUGAUCCAAAGACACAAAUUAAACAGGGAGAGAAGUUUUGUGUUUGUGUGAAGGAGUUCCUGCCAUGGGUUAUGAUGCCUCUUCAGGUUGUGUAUGUGAACGAAAGCAGUGCCGCCAAAAGGAAGCGUGUGGCAUCCUUUGGUUUUGGAAGUGGAACUCUUCAUGGUCACUUGCUGAAAACAGUUGAUGUUUGCUAAUCUUUCCGGCAGGCAGCAGAAGAGCGCUUUUCGGUCGAGAUCGAUGAGAACAAUCAAGUGUGGUAUGAAGUACUUUCCUUCUCGAAACCUGCACACAUUUUAUCAUUUGUUGCAGCACCAUAUGUUAAACUUCGGCAAAAAUAUUUUGCUGAUGAAUCUGCCAAGGUAAUGCUGAAGCAUAUUAGUUCUUCAAAAUAGGAAAUGUUACCAUCAAACAGAGGGAUUUGAAGCUUACACUUCAGUUCCUAUUAGGUUGCAUAAGCAUAAUUACACGACCAAGUUCUGACGGAUAUUUUCCGUUGGUAAUUUUCGAUGGUAAUGUGCGUGUUUCCGGUAGGGUGAUUUGUAAAAAGAGCUUAGCCACAUUCAUAAGUCAUAUCAUUCUCCAAACUUUGUAUCUAUUGAUCACCCUGCUGAUGCACCUUUUCUACAUGUAUCAUAUAUGUUAUUCAGUUGUUUUCACCCUUGUGCUUCAGCAAUCUUUGUUUUUCUUCAGAAUUUAAACAAGAAAAUUACCGAAGGAUCAUGAUCUUAACAACCAAGUAAUAAUAUAGUGAUGAUCAGAUUAUCCAUGUACAA